AUGUCUACCACGGCCACGGAGAUCCGGGCCGGCGCGGCGCCCAUCAAGCUGACGUUGGCUUACGACGACAAAACUCAUGACCAGUACAAGUACUCCCACUACCUGCCCGUCUACGACGAAGAGUCGUCGUUCCCGGCGCUGGAGCCAUUCGAAUUCAGCGACCGCGGGCUGGCGGCGGACAGGGAGAAGCCGAACCUCCUGCCCAGGGAUAACGCGGAAAUCACGGCGAAGAGACUGACGCCGGUCAUCGGGACCGAGAUCCGGGGCCUCCAGCUCUCGCGGCUCGACGAAAGGCAAAAAGACGAGCUGGCGCUCCUUAUUGCCGAGCGCGGCGUCGUCGUCUUCCGCGACCAGGACUUCAAGGACAUCGGCAUCGACGAGCAGAAGGAUUUCGGACGCUACUUUGGGCCCCUCCACAUCCACCCCGUGGGCGCGCAUGUCAAGGACCACCUCGAGUUGCACAACAUCUACCUGGGCCCUGACAACGAGUACCGCAACCGGAAUAAGAGCAACAAGCUGUCGACCGUCGGGUACCACUCGGACGUCUCGUACGAGCACCAGCCGCCCGGCGUCACGAUCCUGACGCUGCUCUCUGUGCCGGAGACGGGCGGCGACACGGCGUGGGUGUCCCAGACGGCGGCGUACGCGCGACUCUCGCCGCCGAUUCAGAAGCUCCUCGAGGGCUUGAGGGCGGAGCACAGCGGGUUUCCACAAGCCGACAAUGCGCGGAGGGACGGGAAAUUUGUGAGGAGGGAGCCCGUCAAGUCGGAGCAUCCCAUCGUCCGCAUCCAUCCGGCAACCGGCCAGAAGGCAUUGUUCGUCAACCCGGGCUUCACAAAGAAGAUUAUUGGACUCCGGGACGAGGAGUCGGAUGCGCUGCUGAAGCUGCUUUUCAAGCACAUCAACCAUGGACAAGACUUCCAGGUGCGCGUCAAGUGGGAAGAGGGCACAGUGGCGCUGUGGGACAACCGCGUAACGGCGCACACGGCCAUCUCGGAUUACAACGUCCACAACCCGCAGGAAGGACUGCGGCACGGGUUCAGGAUCACGACAUUGGCAGACAAGCCAACUGGGGCGAGCGGCCUGGGAUCCACGUGGUGA